AUGGAAGAUAAUAAUAAGAAAAUUGAAGAUGAAUCUGAAACACAAGAAAUAUAUAGAGAUAAUGAAAAGUUAUCAGAAGAAAAUGAGAAAAUUAUAAUUUCAAAAGAUCUAAAGGAGAUAUCACAAAUAAAAAUUCAUCUCUCUAUGGAAUUAUCCACUUAUUCUGAGAGAUUUACUUCUGAUUUAAAAGAAAAAAAAAAUCAAAUAAUUCCAGAGAAUGUUCAAAUAGUUCAAUGUAUAGGAAUGUGGAACAAUAUGAUUUAUCCUGAUAAUGAUAACAAGGAGAGAAGAAUAUAUAAAUUAUCAAAUGAUCUUAGUUCAUAUGUAGUUUUACUUUCUGGAAAAGCAGAAAAACUAAAUUCUCUUCUUACAAUAUUACAUCAAAUGGUAAAAAAAAUUAGAGAAGACUUAAAUUAUCCUGAGUUGAAAGAAAUAAUUAAAAUACCAGUUUAUGAAGAAUUUAAUAUGACAAUUCCUCUUGUUUUAAAAUCUAUAGUUGAAAUUGGAUUAUUUUAUAAAGUAACUACUCAUGUCUAUAAAUUUGUGAUAUCGAAAUGGAAGAAUAUUAAAAUUCCUUUUACUAGUUUUAAAUUUGUAUUAAAAUGGGCUUCUCAAAUUGGUGGAUUGAUAUUGGGUACAGUUAUUAGUGGUGUUAUAGAUAUUGGGAUCAAAUUAAUGAUGGAUGCUAUUUUUGCGGACGAGGAGUUAAAAGAAAUAGAUAAACAAAAAGAUUCCUGGACAAAUAAGGAUAGUGAUGGAAUUCCAAGAGCAGAUAAUGAUGUAUUAUAA